AUAUUUUCAAGUUUAAUCUCCAGUUGCCCACUUCUUGAAGAACUGACACUUGAAGACUGCAGCAGUUUAGAUUGCCUUGAAAUUUACGUUCCUAAUCUUAUAUUCUUAUUCUACGAAAGCCAUGUUCGUUCUAUUUGUUUUAAAAAUACCCCUCAUCUUGCAAAAGUUUCAAUCGGUUUGAAAGUGCACACAAACGAGGAAACACUCAAGGAAGGAGAAACAUCUAAUAUGGUCUUGUUUUUUGAUAGUCUACCCGCCAUUCAGUUUUUGGAAUUAGACUAUUAUUAUGUUCAUGGAAGAUUAGUAAACCAUGUUUUUUUUUUUGGCCAUGGGGUUAGCUUAAGUAACUGAUGUUUCUCUAAUUUUUUUUUUUUUUCUUUCUUUAGUACAUGGCUGCAGGUGGGGUACCAAAGAGGCUUCCAAUUACUCUGAGCCACCUUAAAAUUAUCGAUUUGUAUGCUAUUUGUUUUGGGGAAGUCAAUGAGGUUUCUAUUGUUCUUUGCUUAAUCAGAAGCUCCCCAAAUUUGGAAAAAAUUAUAAUUGAGGUUUGUACCCAUGAAACUACUGCUAUUGAUCAUGUUCUAGAACUUUUAGAAAUUCAAGACUGGUCAGAUGUCUCUUUAAAUCAACUUCGAGAAGUGGAGAUCCGAAAUCUAUCUGGAACAAGGUUUGAAUUGGAGUUUAUUAAGCUUCUAUUAGCCAAAUCCCCUAUGCUGGAAACAAUGCUUAUUGAGCCUGACUUGGAGAAAGUUGCUGACAAAGGAUUUAGGAUUUUGAAAAAGUUGACAAGAUUUCGGCGCUCCUCACCAAAAGCAAAAAUCACAUACAAUGAUCCAGAUGGAAGUCGCAAUGAAAAUGAAACCCCUGAAGAUUAAGUUUAGCAAAUGGUUUGUGUCCUUUUUUACUAGCUUUGGUUUGAGUGACACAGUAAGAUGAUCUUUUUGGUAUUCAUUCUCUACUAAGUCUAAGUAACAACUGCUAAUGAG